AUGGAGAUGAUAAGGAAUGAAUUACAAUUCUACUCAAAAUUCGCUAGACCCCUCAUUUUCCAAUUGCCUGACGCUAAAGACAGAGUUUUAGCAUCGGGAUGGGUUAAAAAAAUCAGAGAUGAACAGAUGGGAAGUGAAAAAUUGCGGACCGAUUACAUAAAACUUCUGUUAUUCGCUCUGCAACGAAAGAAACUAGUAGGUAUUUUUGCUGAAGAUCCAGAACAUUAUGAAAAACUCGAAGAAUUUCCACAAGAAUUUGAUCUCAAUGCCAUGGCAAAGAAUCUCAUUCAGAAGGAACAGUUUGAGAGAAUCGACAGGAUAAGAAGACAGUUGAGGGGGCAAAUAGGUGACUCUCCCCCUUACAUGACAGACUGUUCCUCAGAUUUCCGGGAAUAUGUGGCAGCCCAAGAUAUCCCGGGAUUUGGAGUUCACUGCUACUAUGCUAUAUCGAAAGAACCCAUCGAUACCUGGAGAAAAGCGGACAAAGGCAUAUUUCCAAAAAUGGCCAAGAGUGCUGUGGAUACAAGCAGUUCUGCUCCACCGGGUGUUGCUGGAAAAUCUUCUGAACCCUGUAUAUGUCCUCUUGGAGCUGGUGAACCAGAUCCAUCUUGUAAAGCUAGAGUUCAUAAAGGCGAUUCGAAGAUGAAGAAGAAAAAACGCCCGAAAAGUCUCGGCAAGAAUCCGCCUUCACAUCCUCUAGGUCACGCCGCUCCUCCCGAAGAUAGAGAACCGCCAUCUUGGAGUUCGAAUCUGAUGGAAGUUAAAGAUACUGCAGGAAAAGCAGCUGAAAUAGCACCAGCAACUAGCACUGGAGCGAUACCGAAAAGAAAAGGCGAAAGGCGCUUGAAAAUCCCAGUGAAACUAGACGAUUCUGAUAUGGUCGGUGAUGAUAUCAAAGAAAUGGAAGGGGCACUAGAAGACUAUAAGAGAGGGACGUUGAAACCUAGACGACAGAAAAAACAGGCACGACAAAAGCAACAAAUCGUGGAAGAUACGAGUGACGAUAAAGAAGAAGCAGAAAUACCUCCAGUACAAGACCUGGUUCCCUUCGACGAAAACUUCGAUGACAUCGAUCAUUCUCAAUACCAAGACGAGGUCGACCAAGAUAGACGCCUUCUGAAAUAUUUCAAGGGAAAAAUCGCCCAAUCUGGUGUUAAGCAACGACUUGCUGAAAGGAAUAGGCAAGUGAGAGGGGCGUGUCCUGCAAAGUCUGGCAUUCCCUUGACCACUCCUAGGCCAUCCGUAAUUCCCAAAAGACAAAAAUCAUCAGAAAAAUUGUAUGAACACGAAGAACAUCUUCCACAUCUCACCGAGUCACCUGGAAAAGGCCAACACAAACAUCCCACAUCGAAUCUCAAAGAUCCAGAAGUUUACAAAUUAUUCGAUGAAGCCUCAGCAUUAGUAUCACGAGAUGACGAUCAAGAAUUCCAACAGCUUGAACAAUUUUUUGCUGGUGAUGAGGGACAGGCAGCAGCAUUCGCUGGAAUGGAUGCUGAUUCCGAAUAUCAACAACUUCUUGAGAAAGAAGAGCAGCAAAAACAGGCUCUGUUUGAAGAACCUCCUGCUCCGAUCCAGAAGGGUUCGCCCCAGGCUAAUGCCAUAUUUUCUGAAGCAAUGGACACCCUACAAGGGGAAAGUCCAUUAGGUCUCUCUGAUGAUUGGUUUGAAAAAAUGGAUACUGGAGCAACUGGAUUCUUACAAGGUGAUAUCCCGCAAACUUACAAUAUUCCAGAAGAUUAUGGAGGACAUGGUCUACCCGAGUUGAUUUCUGUUCAGCCGAAUAUUUCUCCCUAUAAACCAUAUAGACCAGAGCUUAUACCUGCUCAACGUGAGCAGAUCCAUCAUGAAACUCCCCCUCAAUCUCCGAGAGACGUUUUCCAUACUCCAUCACCAUCUGUUAAACCUACUUCACCAGUAUAUAGCGGUCCACAGAGUCCAAGUGAUCCACUCGGAUAUGUGACCCCAGAACAUUUGAAAAUAAAAAGGGCAGAAGGACAACCCAUUCCCCAAAUUAGGUCACCGCCCUCAGCUCGCCCACCAAGAAGUUCUAGCCCCCCUCCUCAAGCGGCUAGGGGUUCACCUCAAGCUUCGUAUCGUUCUCCUCGUGAAAUACAGUUACCCCCCAUAGGAGAUGAACAAGAUUCGUUUUUCUUUGAUAUGGCGAUGGAGCAGCCACCAAUUUACGCGAGUCCAGAACAGAGUCCAGAGAGGCCGAAUAUGUUGACAGUUCGAGAGGCUCCUCCCAGGCUUAACCAAGUUAUAUCCGAUAUUCUGCCGCAGAAUGUUUAUGCAGCGGAACCACUUGACGAAGCAAACAUGGCUCAAAUUCUGGAGGGAGCAUCAGAUGCAGAUAUUUUUGGAGAAUACCAGCCUGCUUUGGAAGAAGGUGUCGAUCCAUUGGAUGAUUUAUUUGAUGUGGAUAAUGAUUACGUACCUACAUACAAGGUUAUACGAAAAAAACGGGAACCAGUACCAAUGGAGGAUAUGAGUGAUGUUGGAUUUUCUUUAGCGAAAACAAUACGAGCAACUGAGCGAAGAUCCGACACUACAUACAAAUCACCCGAACAGCAGAAAAUGAUCGCUCCUACUCGUGCUGAAAUUUCCGAACAAGAAAGAAGGUACAUUGAUUAUCUUUUUCCGGAAGAUCAGGAUAUGAAUCUCUUGAUCAAACGAGUAUCAGGAAUGGUUGCAGAUGUCGAACAGGAUUUUCCAGAUCCUUAUCAUGUGAUGCCAGCAUCCCCAGAAUUUCCAGAUGUCGGAGAUGGUGAUUUGAAUCAAGAAACUUCUCCAGGAUUGGACUACUACUCUUCUCCUGAGCCUAGCCCUGUAGCUGCUCCUCCCCAGGCACCAAGUAUCCAAGCCCCCUCAGCUGGCUCAGGGAUUCCACAACCUGGACAGCAAACUGCACGGCCAACUGGAAUAAGACCACCUGGAGCUCGAGGUAUCCCAAGACCUAAAGGUGCCAUUCCUAGGCCCUCGGGAGGUAUUCCGAGACCAUCAGGAGGCAUCCCAAGACCAUCGGGAGGCAUUCCAAGACCUGCUGGAGCUGGGCCAAGACCUACUGGUGCUUUGCCAAGACCUGCUGGGGCUGGGCCAAGACCUGCUGGAGCUGGGUCAAGACCUGCUGAAGCUGAACCAAGACCCGCGGAGCAACAACCCAGUCAAGCUAGACCAGCAGCACCUCGGCAACCAAAAUAUUCUAAGCAGCCUCAAUACUUCCCUGCCACUCAAAUGAUAACGGAUCAAUGGCCGCAUAUGUCGAUGGGCUUCCAACGGGACAUGAGGAACUAUCAGAUCGAUGAGAACGUUCUCGAUGCUAACCGGCAACGAAUGAGAUCCAGGCAAGUCCUUGUUGGUCCGACUGCUGGAAGGCGACACGACAUCCGGAAAAGGUUCCGUCCCACGGAUAUUAUACAAGAGCACCCAGAUGAGCCUGAUUUGACACCGAGAAAAUACGGGCCAUGUGGAGUUGUUGCCAUGCCUCCUAGAAGUCCUGAGGUGUUUGCUGGUCCUCCAACGUAUGAAGAAAUGGUGGCCUCAUAUAUCCCGCCUAUGUAUGUAUCACCCGGAGAUGGAAUUUUGGAAGUAACACCCCCUUUCAUCGAUGUGGAAGAAGAUCGGGAACUCAAGAGGGAAUUGUUGUACGAUGAGACGAAAGAACGCGAUCCAAUGGAUAUGAAGCAUUAUGGUCGCAUGCAUGGGAGGCGACAAACAGAGAAUGAACAAUUAAUGUCAGAAAUGGAGCAAUAUCUUGACUCUGCUCCCGAUCCAAUCCAGAGACGUGUAGUUCCUAGACAACCUACACCUAGUCCUAGGCCAACUCUAGAACAACAGGAUACACCUGAACAACCGGCCGCAGAACUAUAUAUAGCGACACCAACUCCAAUGGGAGAAAGAAGACGAAGAGAUGGUCAAAGGAAACGAUCCAGACUUCCUCCAGGACUGAGGACCAGGCGUAUAGAUUUCGACGAGAGGGAUCCAGAUAUUGUAACAGAAACAGAUAAGUACAUUGAGGAGAAGAUGGCUCAACAUCAAAUCGUUCUUACACCUCCUGAACCCGCAUCAGUGUCACCUAUCCAGUAUGGCAUACUCGAUGAACAAAUACCUCCUGAUGUGAGACUACCUCCUCCUAUACGAGCUCCUGCUCACGUUGAGGGUUGGAGAACGCCUCCUUGGUUAUCAAGAAGACCAAAACCUCCUCCUCCAUUCCAAGCCAAGCUACGUCCUGUUGAUCGAAACCAAUGGUUCUUCCAAACGGAAGCAUCACCUGAGUUUCCCGCUAGUCCUCCCGGUAGUCCUGGUCUUCAUGCUUACGAUCUUGGUACGCCCGACAUGUUCCAAGGAGGAGGACAAAUGGGAGGACUAUUCUUCGAUGAUCCCAAUGAACUACCUCCAUUACCCAAUCUUGGUCCUUCCCCUGAACAGAACAUUAUUCCAUGUGGAUCGCCAAUUCUCGCGCCUGUUGGAGCUAUGCCAAACAUCGGACUUCCACCAAGUCCUAGAGAAAUGAGAACUCCACAGAGAAGAGUGUCACCUGCUGCACAACAGAGAAGAGUGUCACCUGCUGCACAACAGAGACCAGUGUCACCAGCUACACCAAAGAGGAGUGUGUCGCCGUGUACUCCACCUGUUGAUGCUGUUACUCCGUUGGGUUCAUUUAGCGGAAACUUGCUUACUCCAUCGCCAGAUGCUCAUAUGAAGACACCAGUUACAUCAGCUCGUAAGAUUUUUCAAGCAGCAGGUGUAGAGGAGUCGCCUUUGAGGUAUAAUCCACUAGACUACCCAUUAGCCAUGGAAGAGAUGAAACAGAGAGUUGUAGAAGCAGAGGGUAGAAGAGGCAUCAGGACGAUGAGAGAACAAGCUGCUCUUCCACGUCAACAGCGACCACCCCCACAGCAUACUCGUCCUAGAUCCGGCGUACGUCAACAGUUACAACAAAGAUGGGUAGAGCAGGAGGACUUUUUGGAUGACCCAGAACCAAGACCAAAGAUGCCAAGAAGACGUUCGGUAAUGCCACGAAUCUGGGAGGACGGAACACCUCCACCCCCCGUCAGGGUUCCCACAACACCACGACCACGACCAUUACCACUAGCACAACGACCUCAGCCAAGAUCACCUCAAGAUCCUUAUGGUUUACCAAAAGUUUUGAACUUCGUACCACCAAGGCGAACAAGAGAAGGUCCAACGCAAAUGAUACCAGCUAUGCCACAGGAAACAAGGGAGCUGCCACAAGAGAGGUUCGAUUCGCCUCAACAAGAUGUCUUCUUAGACAACGAGCGAUAUGUCCAGGAAGUAAUGUCACGACAAAACUUGCCACCCUUGAGUCCUCAGAGACCGAUAUCUCCAUUGAAACAACCAUCACCCUCUUGGGAACCUGAUUACGAUCUGGCAAUGCCACAGGUAGAUGAAGGGUAUUUCCUCGAUCAAAAUGAGCUGGAAGAUAUGGCAGCCUCACCUGAACAAGCUUCGCCUGGUCCUGGAACACCUGGACCAUCUCAUGGAAUAACCAUGGCCACUUGUGGGUCACCGCGUGGAUAUAUGCCAGAUUCGUUCUUUGAAGAGAGCAUGAAUCGUACUGAGAGUCCCGGUCCUUCUCACGGGAUAACCAUGGCUACUUGUGGAUCACCGCGUGGAUAUAUGCCGGAUUCGUUCUUGGAAGAGAGCAUGAAUCGUACUGAGAGUCCCGGUCCUUCUCACGGUAUAACGAUGGCUACUUGUGGAUCACCGCGUGGAUACAUGCCGGAUUCGUUCUUGGAACGCUCUCCACUUAGUCCACCGUUCACACCUUCACCUGGAGCCGAUUUCAGAACGCCAGAUAGGCCGAUCAGAGCCGAGGAGAUUUUCCGCAGCGCAGGUAUACAGGAGUCGCCCAAACGACCACCAACUCCCAGUCCAACGAUGCAGGAGAUGAUCAGUCGUGUUAACCAAGCUCAAGGGCGAAGAGGUGUUAGAAGGAUACAAGAACAGAGAGGAGCGUACCAAGCCGCACCACAAGGACCGUCUUUGAGAGAUCAUCUACGGAAGUCAUGGUCUAUGGAAUUCGAGGAUGUUGGCGGAGUACCCAGAGACACGAUAGUCAGAAAACGACCGGGUCCACCAUCCAUGCCUACUGUACAGGAACAAACACCACCUCUCGACCAAUACGGACUACCAGCUAUCGAGAGAGCUGCCCAACCCGCCAGAGUUGAUCCCUAUUACUCUCCCCCACCUCAACCUCAAACACCUAGAUCAAGGAGAGAUGUUCUACCAGAAGAUCCAGCCAUGCAAAGGGCCAUUGACAGUUUGAGGACGGGUCAGCCGGUGGAUUUGGACGCGAUUCAAGUAGAAGGAAGUCCAGUGCAGCAACUUCCACAAUCGCCAUGUUCACCGACGACCGUGCCUGGAUAUAGAACACCUGAGCACUUGAGAAUCAAGCCACAAAGUCCAUUUAGGCCACCACCACAAAGAUCUCCGAUUCGAGUUAGAAUACCAGCUCAAAUGUCUCCACAAGCGAACGUUCCUUCGAACUUCACGAAUAUUGAACAAGCCUUCCAAAGGAGGGAAGAAAAAAGGACGCCGCCAGUUUUGGAUACAGGAUUCUUGGUGGGAGAAUCACCUGAUUACGAUUUCCCUCAAAGUCCCCCUCAAGUCAGAAGCCCGGAACAUUUCAGGGAUGCUGGACCAGGUGAAGGGAUGCUGUUCGAUCAGCAAAUGGAAGCACCUCAAUACGAGUCACCGCCACCCUCAGGAAACUCCCCACAGCAGGAUAGAUUCGGUCUUCCUAAUUUGGUUCAGUUGGGACCACCUCGAGAUAUACGUCUCUCACCCCUUCGUACACCAAUGGCAGCGUCAGCUCGGACUCCUCAGAGGUCACCAUCUCCUUGCGCUCCAAUUGUUUCAGCUCGGACUCCUCAGAGGUCACAAUCUCCUUGUUCUCCAGUUGAUGAAGCUCCAAUAUUCCCAGCUCAUGAGACGUCUUUCGAAUCCCCGGUGUAUGCAGGGCAUUUGAAGCUUUCCCAAUGUCGUGGUGCUAUGAUUGAACCUAUGCAAGACAUUCAUUUGAGUUUGCCAAACUCUCCUGAGAUGAGCCCUGGUCGUUGGCAGCAGUUGGUGGCUGUUGGCCCAGGCGAAGAAGAUCAGGGAGGAUGGACGGAUGCAUCUCCAGGCAUACUACAGGCAUCACCAAGAUCGCAAUCUGGUUCUCCAUCACCAGACAGAGUUGUAUCUCAGUCUGCUUCGCAAAAAAGGUGUAUCACAGCUAGACGGUUGGAUUUCUGA